AGAGAUGCGAUGCAUUGCAGUGAGAGGUGUGUGGAAAUACAAUCGUAUUUCUCCAAAUGGUUAGUUUUAGGUCAGUCAACCUUCAACUACUCUUCAGUCGUUUCUUAUAGUGACCGCAAUAUUUCCUACAUUUUGAAUAGCGACACUAUCCGGUAUUCAUAAUCCCUGCUAGCUAACGUUAAUGCAAGUUUUGAACCCCACUUGGAUUGGGAAAACUUGUUUGUUAAUAACUCUUGUCACUGACACGAUGCUGAGGAAUCUUGUGAGAUUGCACAGUCGUGUGGGGCAUGCCCUCUCUCCCCCCAUUGUCUACCCAAGAAGUCAAGCUCUCAACCUGCCGCUCCCUCUACUCUCUGUGAACUCAAAAUAUUACUCCAUUAUCACAGAAAMAAAGAAAUUCUACAAGGAUGUCAGCAUAUCCCACGGAGAGGGUGGCAUGUUUGAGAUCAACCUGGACCAACGGAAAAUGAAGACACCAGGAGGAAAGCUGUUCACAGCCCCCAACGAAGCCUUAGCCAUUGCUGUGGCAAAUGAGUGGGAUACUCAGAAAGACACGCUCAAGRUCUACAGCAUGCAUAUGACCACUCUCUGCAACACAGCCCUCGAUAACCCUACAUUCCGCAGCAAGGACCAAAUAAUCACCGCUGCCCUGAAGUAUCUGGAGACUGACACAAUUUGUUACAGAGUUGAGGAGCCUCCAACUUUAGUGGAGCUUCAGAAUAAUGAAUGGGACCCUGUGCUGAACUGGAUUGAAGACAGGUACAACGUAGUCAUUGGCUCUUCUACCAAUAUACUGGGGCCAGAGAUCCCACAGGCAACGAUGGAUACUUUUCGCCAGCACCUGGGUUCCUAUAACUUCUGGUCCAUGACAGGACUGGAGUAUGUGAUCACCCAGCUGAAGUCUGUGGUGCUGGCAUUUGCAUUGAUUGACAAACACAUUACAGUGGAGCAGGCCGUGCUGCUGUCACGACUAGAGGAGGAGUUCCAGAUCGGGCAUUGGGGAAAUGUAGAGUGGGCUCAUGAUGUUGACCUGUAUGAGCUGAGAGCACGUACAGCAGCAGGGGCUCUGUUUGUACAUUUCUCCUCUGAGAGUUCAACGGUCAAACGCAAACUCAUGCAAGACUAAGGAGGCCCUUCGGUGCUUCCCUGAGUCAAACAUACAAGCUCAGACAGCACUCUAAGAGCAAAGACAACAAAGGCAGUGUACUGGCCUCUGACUGGGAAGAAAUCCCAACUCCUUAGGACUUGAAUUUAUCUCUGGUGUUGUCCUUGGCGGAACAAAAACACGUAUUUUAUCUGCACAGGUCCGUGACAUAAUCUGCCGUUUAUAAAACGUCCUGUGAUGAUUCAUUUCAGUAAAGAGGAACCGUCUCCUCUGCCACUCCUUCCCUAUAAAGUACAGCCAAGUAUGAUGAUCAUCUCUUCUACAUGUGUUUUGAAUCACUAACCAGGUUUCCAUCCAACCUUUUUAUGGGAGUAAAGUACAUGUGGGACAAAAAUAUCAUGGCAGGCUUGAUGGAAACAGAACAUUUGUCUGCAAACUUUACAAAUGUCGACAAAACACAAUAUGAUAGACAAGUUGGGCUCUUUUUGUAUCGGUCAAAUUAAUUACAUGAGAAACGUUGGUGGAAAUUAUUUUAAGUAUUGAUAUAUUAACCAUCAUAUCGAUGUAAACUUGGAGUCGGCUGAUAACAUGUGUGGUUCUCCCACUAUGACUAGUCUGGAAAGUAUUCACCGUUUGGGAACCACUGUAUUGGGCUACAGAUUAAAUAAAGUGUAAGGUGAUCAACUCAAUUGAUGCCCCUUUCCAAUAAAUAUAGAGGGUCUUAUUCUGGUGACAUGAUCAUCAUGCUUGGCUGCUGUUUGACACAAAAUAAUCUCGUUUGCUAGAGCGCACGUGCCAAUACCAGAGUGGGCACAGUCGCUAUAUAACACAUUGUUUUGUGAGAGACCCAUCAGUAGAGUUGAAAAUGCGAUUGAAACCCAUUUAACUUGUUUUUGUUAUUCGGUACAUGGGAAUUUAACGCAACGGGUAGGGAACCACAUCUCGGUGGGAAAAUGCGUAUUUUGUUCUUAUGCAGAUUUUUUAUAUAUUCCCAUGAAAAUCUGUCUCCAAUUGGAUGGAAACCUAGCUAGUACCUCAGUCAUCAGUGACUUUUUGGAACAUCGGAUGUUUUUAUGGAAACAGUAAGUGUUACCCUCUGUCUGUUUCAGCCCAGACUUCUCACCCACUCCCACUGUAUUUAUUAUGUGGUGACUAGCUUGUACAAAGUUUACUCUUUUGCUUCAGUAAAAAUUGAAUAAAUCUAUCAAUGGGUCAAA